AUGGCUGCUGCUCCAGUCACACUCUACGUCUACGACCUAUCCAACGGCCUUGCUCAGCUCUAUGGCACCGCCCUCACCGGCCGACCAGUCGAGGGCAUCUGGCACACCGCAAUCGUCGUCCACGGCAUCGAGAUAUUCUACGGCCAGGGCAUCUCGAUCGUCUCGCCUCCAGGAACCACUCACCAUGGCCAGCCCAAGAAGCGCAUCCCAUGUGGCGAGACCCACCUCGACAAGGCCACCGUGCUCGAGUACAUCGACGCCGUGCGCGACUCGUGGACGGCAGAAGCCUACCACCUGCUCGAGUACAACUGCAACUCGUUCACCGACACCCUCCUCGGCUUCCUCAACGGCAACUCGAUCCCGGGCGACAUCCGCAACCAGCCCUCGGACAUCAUGUCGACGCCGUUUGGCCAGCAGAUGCGGCCCAUGAUCGAGUCGAUGUUUGUCGGCCGCAGAAACCCGUCGGCAGGAGCCGCCGUCAACAACCUCGUCCCGCAACUCGGCGGCUUCACGACGCCGCCAACCUCGUCCACCCCACCGUCUCGAGACGAC